AUGUUGAACCAAAUACAAAAGGCAGAUAUCCAGAGAAUCACAUCUGGGCAGGUGAUUAUAGAUCUUUUGUCCAUUGUCAAGGAGCUUGUGGAAAACAGCAUUGACGCCAGCAGUGAUUUGAUCGAAAUCGCGUUCAAAGAACAUGGACUAGAGACCAUUGAAAUCAAUGAUAAUGGCCAUGGUAUCCCUCCAGAAGACCAUAAGACCCUCUGCUUGAAACACUUCACGUCCAAAAUCUCAAGGUUUGAAGAUCUUGAUCUGGUCCAGACGUUGGGGUUCAGAGGAGAAGCAUUGAGUUCAAUAUGUUCUGUUGCAUCGGUUCAAAUCACCACCAGUACCAAGGAAAGCUUACCAGGGGCCACCGAGUUGGAAUACGACCAUAUGGGUGAGCUUGUGAAGCAGGAAAUAGUUUUGAACAAGAGGACGGAUUCGGGCAUGAAGAUAUCUGUUUCAGACAUAUUCAAAAACUUGCCUGUCCGUCAGAAGAACUUUGUGAAGAAUAUCAAAAAAGAGUUCAACAAGAUGAUUCUGUUUCUCUACAACUACAUCAUCAUCAACCCCCAAAUAAAGUUUGUGGUGACAAACCUGGUGGCAGGAAAGAAGAAGGUGUUAAUUUCCACUCAACGCACGGGCUCACUCUUAAAUAACUUCAUUAUCAUCUACGGCACCAAAUCGGUUGAGUCACUUAAGCCAAUAGAUAUUGAAGUUAACUCCAACUUCAAAGUUCUGGGAUACAUAUCUUCACUUUCCAUUGGUAAAGGAAGGUCUAUCAAGGAUAAACAACACCUCUACUUGAACAACCGCCCGAUUAUUCACAGUGAGAUGAUGAAGCUUAUCAACGAGGUUUACAACCAGUUCAAUAAUCUCCAAUUCCCGGUGUUCAUUUUGAACGUGCUUAUAAACGAUAGUAUUGACGUGAAUUUAAACCCAGAUAAGACCCGAAUCAACUUCUCCCAGGACUUGAACGAGUUCAGACAAGAGUUAGUGAGGUUCUGGGAAUCUGAGAACAUGGAGCAACAACUUGUGCUCAAGCCAAGUAAAGACCCCAAACCUCAAGACCAUAAACCCAAACCCGAUAUAAUAUCCACAAAACGGAUCCCUAUCGAAUUGUCGGCCCCUAAACCCAAAAAACCUAAAUUCGCCAACUACAUGAACGAAGAGAUCUUCAAAACCCAGAACUUAAAAACGACAGUAAACCUGCAUUAUAUCCGCUUGAAAUCGCACAAAAAAGGGGUGGUCAGCCUUAAACUGAAAGACGAUACACACCCAGGUGACGAACGGCUUGUUGAAAAAGAGAUCUCCGUCAGCAAACUUCAAUUUAAUCAAAUGCAACUUAUCGGACAAUUCAAUCUAGGGUUCAUAUUGACAAGACUACAAGAUAAUCUCUUUAUUGUGGACCAACAUGCGUCUGAUGAAAAAUACAACUACGAAGACCUCAAAAAUAAAUUUAGGGUGCAAAGUCAGCAGCUCAUAACCCCCAUCCCUUUGAAUUUGAACCUUGUGGAAAUACAAAAGCUAAGCGAAUUUAUUAAUUUGGUAGAGAACAAUGGGUUCAAAGUAAACGACGAUAAUCAGAUCACUCACUUGCCCACAUACAAAAAUAUCCAAUUUGAUAAAGAGGAUUUAGUCGAGCUUUUAAGCCAACUUCCGUGUCAUCCGAUUCUUCCAAAAAUUAAUUCGGUGCUUGCGAUGAAAGCUUGCAGGAAAUCAACAAUGAUCGGACAACAUUUAAACGUUCACACAAUGAAGAAAAUUUUAUCCCAUUUAUCGGAGUUAGAUAAGCCCUGGAAUUGUCCGCAUGGGAGACCAACUUUAAGACACUUGCACGAUUUAGGAGGCAUCAACAACAAGGUGACAGACUAUUUGUACAAGUGA